AUGGCAACCCUCCACGAAUUCUCGACCGGCUGGCAUCCCGGGGAGCAGGCCAUCCACAACCUCCUCCGUGUCCCGACGUCGCAGCGAGAAAACCCAACCGCCAAGGGCCUGCCCGCUCCGUAUGCGUACCGAGUAGCCAGCUCUUCACUGGUCGCGUUUGGGACUCUGGACGAGCAAGGCAGGCCCUGGACAACAGUCUGGGGGGGCGAGAGGACGUUCACUCGACCAGUCGCCCAAGAUCUUCUUGGCGUUCAGUGCCUUGUUGACAGGCGUCAUGACCCAGUCGUACAAGCGUUGCUAGGUUCAGCAGCGGACGGCGAACUAGUGCGUCCGAUGACAGGUGGGAUAGAAGGCAAGGUUAUGAGUGCGCUCAGUAUCGACCUCGAAACAAGGGAUCGGGUCAAACUAGCUGGCCGAAUGGCUGUCGGUACAGUCGCAAGCAAAGACGGGAAUAAUCCUGCUGUUGGGGAAGUCCAGAUGGCGAUGCUAGUGCAGGAGAGCCUCGGCAAUUGCCCCAAAUAUCUCAACAAGAAGGAGGUUACCGCUCAUGUUCCGUUGCCGGAGCUGGUAUCCGAUACGUUGCCCUUGCCGAAGGGGGCCCUUGAGCUGAUCGAUAAGGCCGACAUGUUUUUCUUAUCUUCCACCAACGGACAGACUAUGGAUACGAACCACAGAGGAGGACCUCCCGGCUUUGUACGGGUCGUCAGCAACGCGAAAGGCGGUGUCGUGAUAGUUUACCCCGAAUAUUCCGGCAACCGUUUGUACCAGACUCUCGGAAAUCUCUACACCAACCCAAAUGUCGGCAUUGCAAUCCCAGACUUUGACUCGUCCAACGUACUCUUCCUAAGAGGCGAAACCGAGCUUCUUGUAGGCCGGUCGGCCGCCGCGCUGCUUGCCCAUGCCGGCCUAGCGGUCAAGAUCACCGUGAAGGAAGCCCGGUUCGUGAAAGACGGGCUUUCCUUCAGGGGCAAAGCCGGGGAGUCAUCCCCGUACAAUCCGCCGGUUCGCCCACUCGUGAGCGAGCAGCAGACCGGCGCUAUUCCUAGGGACCAAGGUCCAGUUACGACGGCUACACUAGUCGAGCGGGAGGUCAUUAGCCCGACAGUGAGCCGAUACGUGUUCAAACUCCAGCCUGGGGCUAGCGGGAGGCAAUUGAGGGCAUGGAAGCCGGGUCAGCAUGUUACUCUUGAUUUCAGCGCGGAACUGGAUGAUGGGUGGCGUCACAUGUGCGAUGACGACCCCCAGAGCCUGAACGACGAUUUCGUACGGACGUUCACCAUCUCGAACCCGCCGCCGUCGUCUGCCCAAGGUGAUCGUGACGAUGCGGCGCUAGAUGACGAGACGGAGCUGGAGAUCACGGUGCGCAAGCACGGCCCAGCCACGACAUUGCUUGCCAAGCACAACAUCCGGGUGCCCCUGGAGUUACCCGUCCUCGGCUUCGGUGGCGAGGGGGCGUUCCGGAUCCCCGCCGCCGGCAAUGGCGGAGCAGCGGAAGACAAGGACGAGAAGCUCGCCGUCUUCGUUGCAGGCGGGGUGGGCAUCACCCCCCUGCUAGCGCAAGCGCCCGGCUUGCUGGCGGCCCUUGGGAAAAGGGGCGACGCCGGGUUCCGUGUCCUUUGGAGCCUCCGUUCGGGAGACUUGUUCCUCGCUGUUCAUACGUUCGAAAAGGUUGAUGGACUUGCGCGGUUCGUGAAACUGUUUGUCACGGGAAAGAUUGGGGAGGAAGAGAGGGAUUUCGCGAGGAAGACUGAGGACCUGGGCGCUCAAGUCUUCGGGCGGAGAAUGGAAAGGGGUGAUGUUCUAGGGGCUGGAAGCGAUGGGAUGAUAACCAGAAAGAAGUACUAUUUAUGCACCAAUCCGGCAAUGCUGAAAGUGUUAUUGGGAUGGCUUGGGGAUCAGGAAACUGUUUCUGAAAACUUUAACUACUGA